GAAAAGUUAGGGACCAUUUGCAUAUAUUGAGGAAGAAAAAGGGAGUGCAGAAGAAUAUGUUACAUCGUUUUGUUAGUUUAACCUCCGGAAGCUUAAGAUUAAAGCAGAAGAAACGAAGAACAAAAAAAGUGGUAGAGAACAGACAGAGUACAGACACACAUAGCCACAACAAAAACAUUUCUUCAUAAAUUUCCCCCAAAACCUUAACCAACACUCAAUCCAUUCAUUAUUUUUCCUGUCUUUCUCUUUCUUCUCUUACCCUUUUUUGUCUUUCUUCUCAAAUCUCCGCCAUUGCCGCCGCCAUGUCACGGCCGUCCUCCCACACCCCUCUGGAUUCCUCCUUGGAGUUCCUGUCAAGAUCUUGGAGAGUUUCCCCGUCGACCCACUUCGUCAAUUCCAAGACUCCGGCCGCCAGUCACGGCGGCGGGAAUUGGGGUGAUAUUGUUUUGGAAGAUUCCAGCGGCGACGCCGAGGGGUUUUUGGUGUUUAUGAAUCCAUUUUCGUUUACGUCUUCUGAAACUUCCCAAAUGGUGAUGGAUCGUAUUUUGUCACAUUCGCAGGAUGUAUCUCCUCGGACUUCCGGUAGGUUGUCGCAUAGCAGCGGCCCACUCAACGCCGCCCACAGCGGCGGUGGUUCAUUAACCGACAGUCCACCGUUUUCUCCCUCCGAAAUCGCCGACCUCGACGCUAAGCUUUACCGCUCCAAUUAUUCUUUGAGUACCCAUUUGAGAGCCACCGUCAAUGGCUCCGGCGCCUCCGCCGCUCUCGGGGGCGGAAAGACCGUUGGCCGUUGGCUGAAGGAGCGUAAGGAGAGGAGGAAAGAGGAAAACAGAGUUCAGAAUGCUCAGCUUCAUGCUGCUGUUUCGGUUGCAGGGGUUGCCGCUGCCAUCGCCGCCAUUGCCUCUGCUUCUGCGUCUUCCUCCCAUGCAAAUGACGGCGAAGAAAUACCCAAGACUGAUAUUGCUAUGGCCUCCGCCGCUACCUUGGUUGCCGCUCAGUGUGUGGAGGCCGCUGAGGCAAUGGGAGCCGAACAUGAUCACCUCGCUUCCGUCAUUAGCUCUGCCGUCAAUGUCAGGACCGCCGGCGAUAUUAUGACCCUCACCGCCGCCGCUGCCACAGCAUUAAGAGGAGCGGCAACGUUGAAGUCUCGGGCGAUGAGGGAUGUAUGGAAUGCGGCGACAGUAAUUCCAACAGAGAAAGGGAUUGGAGCGUCGUUGAGUGGGGGCUACUGUGACAGUGUCCAUGGUAAUUUUAAUAACAUUAUUGUGAAUCCAGAGUUUAGCGGUGAGUUUGGACCAGUUGCAGCUACCUAUGAGUCAAAUCUUCAAAUUCAACGUCAAGAUAAUUUCCUCACUGUCUGCCAUAGGGCUUUGCUUGCUAAUGGCUGUGAACUACUUAAACGUACUCGCAAUGGUGAUCUUCAUUGGAAACUGGUCUCUGUUUAUAUCAACAGAACAAAUCAGGUUGUGGUGAAGAUGAAGAGCAGACACGUGGCUGGGACCAUAACCAAAAAGAAAAAGAAUUUGGUGGUGGAUGUAGUGAAAGAUAUUCCGGCAUGGCCAGGGCGGCACCUGCUGGAAGGCGGCGAGGACCGCCGUUACUUCGGGCUGAAAACGCUGCUGCGAGGGGUGGUGGAAUUCGAGUGUAGAAACCAAAGAGAAUAUGAUAUGUGGACACAAGGAGUUGCCAAGCUCCUUCUAAUGGCAGCUGAAAGGCUUUGUAGGUUUUGAGACAAAUCUUGUCUGUCUCUUUGUUGACUCUAAAAUGAGAAAGAUACAAGCAAAAAGCAAAAAGCAAAAGAAAAAAAAAAUGGAUUUGAGAGAGAUGAGAAAGGGAAAUGUGAAGAAAUUGUUUUGUUUGAAUAUAAUUAAUGGGGAAGACAAAUUGUGAAUUAUAAGCUUUUCUUAAUGGUUUUUCUUUUAAGGGUUCAUGUAAUGUGAAAGGAAUUCAUUGGGGAGUUGGCUUCUUAGACUUGGAUUGGAAGUGAGAUUAUUAGUCAAAAAGAAGAUAUGCCAAAAAGACACAAAUUCUU